AUGCCGUCAACCCUCUCACAGCUCUGUGGUGCCCUGAUAAUUGGCAUCCAACUUUGCUCUGCCGAUACACUCUUCAGGUUCAACUCCACUCCGGAGGUUGAGGUCAGGUCGCUGGAUGAAAUCCAUAAGGCUGCCCUUGCUGAAGGCGGCGUUGUUACGCUGUGGCACGGCGGCGACGAGACGAACCAGCAAGAUGCCCUCAAGCAGGCGUUUGAGGCCCGGUUUCCUGGCAUGACUCUCAACGUUACUGUCGACCUUUCCAAGUACCAUGACGCCGCUUUCGACGACCAACUGGCACAUGGAAACGUCACCGUCGACUCGAUCAUACUACAGACCGUCCACGACUAUCCCCGCUGGUCGGACGAGGGCGCUCUGCUGAACUACGCACCUCUGGGAUUUGAUGAGAUUACACCAGCCUAUAAGGACUCUGUCGGCGCAUCCUGGUAUGGCAUAGUCAUAUUUUUUUGGUCCACCAUCUACAACACCAAGAAGCUGCCCGGCAUCACCAUCAAGGAAUGGAACGACUACCUCCAGCCAGAGCUCAAGAAUAAGCUGGUGUUGACCUACCCUAACGACGACGACGCCGUUCUCUACGCCUUUGAUCUCGUCCUCCAACGCUACGGAGUCGCUUGGUUCGACGCAUUGCUCGCCCAGAACCCUCGCUGGGUCCGCGGCACGGCGACGCCGAACACGGUCCUCUCAGCCGCCAACAUGACGCAGGCCGCCUCGUUCACGUCGUCUAUCGGAUACCAGGCGCCGACAGGCAUCAACAUCACACUUCCCGAGCAGGGGUUCUUCGUGUCCUGGCCCCAGACGGCCGCGAUCCCUAAGGAUGCGCCUCACCCCGAGGGCGCGAAGCUGCUGCACAGUUACAUCUUGUCGCCUGAGUACCAGCAGCUGCAGGGCUGGUCGGUCCGACGCGACGUGCCUCUGCCGGACGGCUUCCCCUGGGGCGCGCUCGAGACGCUCAACUCGACCAACACGGCCGCCUUCAUGGACUGGAUGAUGGACAGAGAGAAGGUCGGGAGGCUGAGGGAUUGGUUCGAGAGGCGGAUCGGCACGGCGCAGGGACUCAGCCCUCUCGUGGAUAGCCUGUAG